AUGAGAGAUCCCCAAACAAAACGUUCCAGAGGCUUUGGUUUUGUGACCUACUCUUGUGUUGAAGAAGUGGAUGCUGCAUUGUGUGCUGGGCCCCACAAGGUUGAUGGGCAUGUGGUGGAACCAAGGAGAGCUGUUUCUAGAGAGGUUUCUGUAAAGCCUGGUUCCCACUUAACGGUGAAGAAAAUGUUUGUUGGUGGUAUUAAAGAGGAUACGGGAGAAUAUAAUCUGAGAGUCUACUUUGAAAAGUAUGGCAAGAUUGAAACCAUAGAAGUUAUGGAAGACAGGCAGAGUGGGAAGAAGAAAGGAUUUGCUUUUAGAACUUUUGAUGAUCAUGACACAGUUGAUAAAAUUGUUGUUCAGAAACACCACACUAUUAAUGGGCAUAAUUGUGAAGUGAAAAAGGCCCUUUCCAAACAAGAGGUGCAGUCUGCUGGAUCACAGAGAGGUGGUGAUGGUGGAGAUAAUGGAUUUGGAGGUGAUGGUGGCAUCUAUGGUGGUGGUCCUGGUUACAGUAGUAGAGGAGGUUAUGGAGGUGGUGGACGAGGAUUUGGAAACCAAGGCGGUGGAUGUGGUGGUGGUGGAGGAGGAUAUGAUGCUUACAAUGAAGGAGGACAUUUUGGUGGAGAUAACUACGGUGGUGAGAACUAUAAUGACUUUGGAAAUUAUGGUGGACAGCAGCAAUCAAAUUAUGGACCCAUGAAGGGGGCAUUUUGGUGGAAGAAGCUCAGGCAGUCCCUAAGGUGGUGGCUGUGGAUCUGGAGGUGGAAGUGGUGGAUAUGGUAGCAGAAGGUUUUAAAGCAAAACAGA